ACGAUUUUUCCAGCCCUUGAACUGGAUACGAAGGACCACAAAUCCUUGAUUUCUACUUUCAAGGCAUUUAGAUUUCCAUCUUCAGGAAUGGUCAAUUUUGAAGUACAGAUCCGAUUUUGUCAAGAAAAAUGCGAACAGGUUCGGUGUGGUGGUAAGGGAGUUUCUUAUGGAAGAAGAAAGAAGCGAGAAACAUCUCUGAAAAACGGUUCUUCGUCGCUCUUCGAUGACGAGGAUGUUUAUUUUGAUCACGACAACUAUGAUACGAUCCGAGCUGUGGUUCAAGAUGAAUCUCCCUCAAUUAUACUUUUCCCAGAAGACACUGCGUUUCCUACUACAGUGUAUGGCUCUUACACGGAAAAUACAAACUUUGAUUCUUCUGAAAAGACAUCGAAAGAAACUACUGGUGUCACGGAAGAAAGCUCGACACAUCGGCCAGAGAUGUCAGAAAAUUUGGCGGCAUCCAAAAAUACCCCAGAAUAUACUCAUCCUUCUACUGAAUCUGCUUCGAAAUUUAAGAGGAUGCCAUCGACUGAGUUUAAAAAUGAUUCAGAAACCGUUGUCUCAACUUUAACUAUGGACGAUUCAACUCGAAGUGAUAAGACCACAUCACCAUCGAAACCACAAACGAAAACAUCAAAUUUUAAUAGAAAAUUUGCUUUCAUUCAUAACGAGGAAAACAAUAGCUAUACGACUCCAAUGACAUCAUCCAAUUAUUAUUUUCAUACGAAGAGAUUGCCUGAAGCAUCAUCUCCCAGAAAUCAGUCCACAUUGGAAAGCAGACACUUUUAUAAUACAGACUACCAUAAUCAUCGGUUAGAUCUUAGAAAAGAUCCAUUUUCAGCAGCAAGAAAUCCUUACUAUCAACCAUCCGACACUGUUCACCCUCUCGAUCCACAAAGGCUUGUCGAUCCCUCGAGAAGUAAUAUACAAUCACAAAGUGCUGACCCAUCGAGAAAGUCACAAAAUCUUCACCCAUCCAGGAACUGGGACCAUUCGAAACCCCAUGAAAUACCCGGAUCAUGGGAUCAAAACCAGUUUAAUCCGCAAUUAUUAAACCAGGCUACGCGUUAUAAUAUUUACAAUUUCCAAGAAACUGAUAACCGGCAACCUAGGAUCGUGACGACUGCACCCAAUUUCCGUGAUAGACCGAAGGAAAUAACGGAUACAGUCAGUGUCCAGUCGGGAGUACAAAUUCAACGGCCGCUGGAAAUUUUAGACUUUCCCAGAGAGAGAAGUGACCGAUUGCCUGCUAGUAACCAAGGAAGGCCAGUUGAGAUCCCGAACACUCCAGACCGGAACAUUAAUUAUCAGCCAAAUCGUUACGAUUUUAACAGACCCGUGCCAUUACCGAGACCAGGUGACCAACAACAUUGGAAUACAAAACACAAUAGACCGAGCGUCGUCCAAACACUUCCACCCAUGAAUACCAACAACAGGUGGAACGGACAGAAUUCUAGAGACAAGCCAAAUGAGCAAAACUAUAAUCGAAAUGAUGUGAUCUGGAGAACGAACUUUUACGCCUCUCAACCCCAAUACAGACCGAGUGAGGUCAUAGCAACAACCCAAAAAUCUAUUCCAGAAGAAGUUCCUCUCUCUUUGGCCAUUUUAGUGGGUGAAGAUGGAAAAAGUCAAAAUUCAGCAAAGCCUAAACAAGUAUGGCGGCCACCCACACAGAUCAACCGAGGACUUCAGAGGCAUAACAUCAUUAAUACUCCAAGACCACAGAGUAUAGAAGAGGAGGAUGAUAAAGUUUGCACUUCUAAAGCUACAGUCAUCGCCACGGCUGUCUCCGUGACAUUGGUGUAUUUGGGUGUUGUAGCCGGCGCUUUCAUUGGCUACAGAUGGCAUAGAAAGAAUAGGCGAAGAAAAGCGAUGACCACGCCCAUCCACUAUCCACCGCCAAAUCAGAACAACGCUAAUGUCACUUACAGCACUCCUGAUGUAACGUUUCGAAACGUUUACGGAAAUUUCCCCGUCAGUUCCACUUCAACGACCUAACACUUUUAAUUCUGAUCACUGUUUAUCCCCUCAAAUGAUGAAGAAUAGUUUGUUUCUCGCAGAAUAACGCAAUUUGAUUCAGUAAUGACGGAGCAUCCUUAAUAACUUUCAUGAGCUAAAUAUAAUCAGUAGGUGAUAAGGGUAAUUAGGUAUGAAAACGGUUUUUUUUUAAUGCAUCGACUCUCAAAAUACGGGUAUAAGCCGUAAUCUAGAAAAUAUCGUAUAAAUCGUUCAAAAUGCUGUCAAAAGUUCACUACCUAUUGUUCAUUUCCUCUCUUACGUUUUUCGCUAUAUUUAUGAAAGUUUAAAAUUUCUUUUUUUGACUGAGUAGAAAACUCGUGCAUCGAUGACCUUUGCGUUAUUCAAUGUAAAACAUAACUUUUUAUGACGUUACUUUUUUUGUAAUGUAAUUUAAUAAUGGUUGACUUAUUGAAUUCACAAAUGUAAUAGUGUGAUUAAUUUUAAUUGUAUGAUUUUUAACAGACAAAAGCUAUAAUUUGAAAAAAAUCGGUUGAAUAUUUAAAAAAAAAAACAACUUUUUUGAAAUUUCAUUUCUCUAAAAACGAGUUGGCUGAUUUCGCAAACAUUUUGAUUUCUGCCACUUAAUAUUAUGUAGUUUACAAUUUAAAAUUUCGAGCGUUAUUAAAUAUUAAACUAUAGUUAAUAAUUUUUUUUUAAUUAUUAUUUACACUAAACUUUUUUUUGAAUAAACACUUCUUUUGAAUUCUCUUAAAUAGUUUCACAAGUAGGGUGAAGUAAAAAAAAAAAUUUUUUUUUUUUAAUUCAGCGUUUUUUAUGUCUACCUUCUUAAUCAUUCAGAUUACGCCACCUUAAGUAUGAUAAUUAGCUAAUAUAGCUAUAUUAGCUAAUAGCUAUUAGCAUACAUGCUAAUGAAAACGAUAUUUUAAGUUACGAAAUCAGACACUCAGCGUACUUUGCUGAAUAAAACUUUUUUCAAUUUGUUCGGAUUUUCAAAUGUUUUAACAUUAUUAAAAAUUGUUAUUUACUCAAAACAUCGAGCCAUAAUGUAUGAUGGUCCUUUAAUGUAAAUUUCUCUAUAACAGUAAAACUAAAAUAAUUUAUCUAAACUACGAAAGGAAAUUUUUAUCAGCAUUUAAUAUUUUUAUACAAUAAUUUAAUAAUAGUCAAAACAUUUUUGAAUUAUAGUUAUUUUAAACUAUAUUAAAUGAUAAUAUCGACACAUAAAAUUUGUCAAUAGUUUUUGAGUAAUAUCCCUCCAAACCUAAAUUUUGUCGUUUAAAAUUAACAUCUUAAUCGGAUUUGAAAAUUCUUGCUGUUUGAAAGUUUUCCGAUUAAAUAAUUUCAAAAAAUGAUUUUUUUAUAUGGAAUCAUCUUUACAUAAAUAAGUUCUAUAAUUGUGUUCAUUCGAGUAAAUAGGCCGAAUCAUAGAUACACAAAUGGAACAAAAAAAAGUAAAAGAAACUGGCUGAACUAUUGAGAACAUACUUUCCUGAUUACGGCUACCUUUUUUUUUAAAAACAUUUAUGUUUUGUAUGUUUAUUUUAAAUCAAUAUAUUUUUUUUCUCUCAAUUUUGUAAGUAAAGUAUAUUGACUAAGUAGUAUGGUUAAGAAUUACCCUUAGAUUUCUUAAGAUAGCAUGUUAGUAUGCGAAAAUCCAAUUAUAGAUAAAAAGUUAUUAAGAGUGAUCAGUCUUUAAUGUUGAUCUUUACAUACAACGUAGCAAUUAAUAUACAUUUAUUUCGACGCUUGGCAAAUUUAAAUAGUUAAAUAUAUUCCAAACAAUUAUAACUAAUUGUAUUAGUGUGAUAAAAAGUUAGUGUUUCCGAUAGCAAGAUAUUUCUAAUUUAUUUAAAUAUUUUUUUAUCCUUAUGUGAUGUAUUAACCUGUUUUAAUUUUAACGUAUGUCAGCAUUCACAAAGAAAAUGUACAAU